GAGGAGCUGUUGCAAAGCAAUACACCCAGCUAGCCGGUAUUGACUACUGCUCGUUUUACUGCUUUAAGUAAAUGCCUACUAGAUCAACUGUCAGCUGAUAUGUCAAAUAAGAUUUUAAUGCAGAGAACAGCGAAGGACGCCUAAGAAAAUUCUCGAAUCUUACCAUCAUUUUCUGAGCAUCUGGGCAAGAGCAUAGCAUCCUGGUUUGAUUCUAUUUGGUCAGAACACUGAUGAAGGACCAUGAAUACUGAUAACUUUGCUUCACUGGCUGCUAUACCAAAUUCCAAUGUUUUAAAGUUUGUUCAUCACACAAUAGACAACUUAUGUGGAGGCGUGCCUGUAUCACACAAUGAUUAUUCCCAGUGCCCUCUGGACAAAUUUUGGAUAGCAACCCAAAAUGUAAAGGAUUUAGCCACGAAGAUUGCACUACAAAAAUUAUCUAAAGAGCAGACUGUACUCUUACUUCAUCAGUUAUCAAAAGAAACGGCAGAAGAAAUAUAUGAUGCUGCUGAGUCAAGAAGGGCUGAAAUUAAAAAAUCUCUUGUUAGUGAAUCUAUUAAAGACUUGUUACAUCUCCGAGAUUUUGACUGGAAUGUAAAGCUGGCUGUAGCAAGUGACAAAGUCUUGGAUCUAAAUGAAAGCCUAGUAACAUUUCACCUUGCCACAUCCACAACAAGACUGGAAAAGGAUGUUAGAAACAUAAGUAUAGAGAUGUCAGCAUCACAGGUUGAUAAGCUGCUGGAGAAACUAAAGGAAGCUCAACAAACUCUGGUACAUUUUCAAACUAGAUAAUGUUUUUGUAAUGAUUGGUUUUAUUUUUAAUUAUUUAAGUUAUUGCCCUAAAAGAGUUAUUUUUGAUUUUUAUACAAAAAAACUAUUUAAAUUUGAUUAUAAUCUGUGAAAUCUAGUAUCAUUUGGAAAUAAAAUUUGUAAUGAUUAUGGAGACUAUGUCUGUGCAUUCUAUGUGAAAUUAAAUCUGGUAAUUAUUUGGAAUUUUUACUUCUAAUAUUAUUGCAGAGAAAGUGUAAGUGUAGAUUUUAUAUGAAAUUAAAUCUAAAAUUAACAAAAAUGGCAUUUCAGCCUUUCAUCAGAUGUUUAGUGCCAAAGAAUUUUCAUACCUGAAAUACUAUUUAUAUAUUUUAUGCAUAUUUUAAUGUACUGAUUAAGUAAAUAAAGAGAAGAUUUAGUAUCCAG